GCUUCUGCUGGCUGCUGAAAUCGCUGCACUCGUCGUACAGAGUCUAGAAUCCCGAACAGGCAGAGAGGACGCCAAAGAAAAGACGGGACAAAAAAGAGAGAGAAAAGAAUGUGGUUGACAUCACCAUCCUCUGCCUGGGCAGUAUCUGCAGAGGCUGCAAGGAAAAGUCCACUCUGUCAAUGAUACUUCUCUUCUGCAAAAAAAAAAAAAAUGUCCUGGAUCUUUUUCUUUCUUUCUUUUAUUUUUUUUUAAAACAGUAAGCCAUAACCAAUGACAGUUCUGGUGUUCACCUCAGGAUGCCAAGUUGCUCGAACUUGGCCUAAAGUAACCCAAUCUGAUCUGGAACAAGCCAUCGAAAAGAGUUUACAGAAUAAGAGUGUCCGUGUUUACGACUUUACAAAGUUCUAAGGGACCGCACUGAUGUUCUUCUGAUGUUCUCUACGUCAGAGUACAGCGUGAACCCUGUCCAUCACCCAACACUGAGCAGCACCUCUGCGCCUUUAAUAUCUCCUCGAGCUGUGAUUGGAUUCCACUUUAAAUCUUCUCUUAUCAACUUGGGACCCAGGAGGCUUCUGGACACUCACGGCUCAAAGGAAAGGAAACGCCUUAUGCAUGCACGAGAAUGAAGCUCCUGCACCAGAGUCACUUCGAUGCACUCGGACUUUGGCACAAGAUGGACUGCUCUCUUUAAAAUGCUUCACUCUGAAUCUUUCCUUGGACGCUCCUGUGUGUCGGUCUACAAAUUCAUCACCAUCGAGGCGGACACACAUGGAGUCACUUUGUGCUGACGGGGCUUAAGUUCUCCUUUACGUGAUGUUGUGACGACGGGUGUCUCGGUCUAUUGGAUUUCAAACGUGCAAGCUGAGCUAAAUGCCAUCGAACGUGGUUGCGCGACUGCAGCUGCGAAACUGGCCAAUAACUCAGUACUUUAAGGCUUUCCAAUUGGCCCAAGAUUUCCAAAGCCAUCAAACCAAUGAAGGGGAAGCGUCUGUGUGGCAGUCUCACCAGGAUAUAACGAAGAAAGCAUGCCUUUAAGAAAAAGAGACACGGCCCGAGCAAUAGGGCUGCUGGAGGAUUACUGUUCCAAACUAAAGAAACCAGAGGAGCAGCAGCUAAAAGCUGCUAUUCUGCGAGUGAUGGGCAUCUUCAGAAGCAGCCUCUUUCAGGCACUUAUAGAUAUUCAGGAGUUUUAUGAAGUGACCCUGUUGAACUCUCAUAAGAGCUGUGAGCAGAAACUGGAGGAGGUGAAGCACAUGGCAGAGCAGUGCGAAAAGUCAUCUGCCAGCCCCGGCUUCCCGAACACACACCCACAGCCUGCUUGCUUACAGCCGAAGGUGAUAGAGAAAAGCCAUGCAGAGGAACCUGUAGCUGACAGCAACACAAGUGCAGAGAACAGGCCGCAGGCAGUUCAGAGCUCCCAGCAGCAGACCCACACUCCGGCCUGUAUGAACCCCAGCCCAAACCCGGCCCUGAUGAACUCGCCCUGGUAUCAUUACCAAGAUGACGAGUCACCACCCGAGCAUAGUUACCCCCGGUUGACUGGCGAAGCCCGAGCACCAGAGCUGGUGCAUGUAUCCGAGAGGAACCUGUCCGAGAUUGAGAACGUGCACGGCUUCGUUUCCCACUCACACAUCUCGCCAAUGAAGCCUGCACAGGUUACCCGGUUUGAUCUAUCAUACCCGGGCGUGACCGCUGCAAACUACCUGGCAAGCCCAGCACCAAUUAUAGUCAACACAGACACUCUGGAGUCAGUACCUUAUGUCAAUGGGACAGAAAUUGAAUACGAAUUUGAGGAAAUAACGCUAGAGCGGGGUAACUCAGGGUUGGGGUUUAGUAUAGCAGGUGGGACAGAUAAUCCACACAUCGGAGAUGAUCCUGGAAUUUUCAUCACCAAGAUCAUUCCAGGUGGUGCAGCGGCGGAGGACGGCAGACUCCGGGUGAAUGACUGUAUCCUGCGUGUGAAUGAAGUGGACGUGUCCGAGGUUUCCCACAGCAGGGCCGUGGAGGCGCUGAAGGUGGCAGGCUCUAUUGUUCGACUCUACGUACGCAGAAGGAGACCCAUGCUGGAGACCAUCAUCGAAAUCAAACUCAUCAAAGGACCAAAAGGGCUGGGGUUCAGUAUUGCAGGUGGUGUGGGUAACCAGCACAUUCCUGGUGAUAACAGCAUCUAUGUCACUAAGAUAAUAGACGGAGGGGCGGCACAGAAGGAUGGCAGGUUACAGGUUGGGGACAGGCUACUCAUGGUUAAUAACUACACUCUGGAGGAGGUGACCCAUGAGGAGGCAGUAGCCAUAUUGAAGAACACAUCGGAUAUUGUGUAUUUGAAGGUGGGAAAGCCCACUAGUGUUUACCUUUCAGAUCCCUACGGGCCUCCUGAUAUUACACAUUCAUUUUCCCCUGCUAUGGAUAAUCAUAUCUCCGGUAAUAACGGGACUCUGGAGUAUAAGUCCAGUCUUCCCCCUAUCUCCCCUGGACGCUACUCACCCCUGCCACGCCACCUGCUGGGGGAGGAGGACAUUAACAGGUUGGAUGGCUUUUCAUUCUUACGAAAUUCCUCCUUAGAUGACGGGGAGGGACAAAGGUUUGAGUCCCAGCACUUCCAGUUGAGGCCUCCAGAACCAGUUUACAGCACUGUGAAUAAACUGUGUGAUCGUGCUCCCUCUCCCCGUCACUACUCCCCAGUGGAGUUUGAUAAAAGCCCAAUGCACUCCAUCCCUUUCCCCCACUAUCAUGUAGGCGUGCUCCCAGACUCCGACAUUACCAGGGAACCAAGGAAGAUUGUGCUGCAUAAGGGUUCCACCGGAUUGGGCUUUAACAUCGUAGGAGGUGAAGAUGGAGAGGGAAUCUUCGUGUCCUUUAUCCUGGCUGGGGGUCCAGCUGAUCUGAGCGGGGAGCUGAGAAGAGGAGACCAGAUCCUGUCUGUAAAUGGCAUUGAUUUGCGAGGAGCUACACAUGAACAGGCUGCGGCUGCACUCAAAGGGGCGGGUCAGACGGUGGCCAUCGUUGCCCAGUACCGGCCUGAGGAACUUGCGCAGUGCUCUCCACGUCGGGCCGCGCCUCCAGCCACAGAAUACGCACGCUUCGAGGCCAAGAUUCAUGACCUGAGAGAGCAGAUGAUGAACCACAGUAUGAGCUCCGGAUCAGGGUCCCUCCGAACCAAUCAGAAACGCACCUUAUAUGUCAGGGCACUGUUUGACUAUGACCGGUUGAAGGACAGUGGCUUACCCAGUCAGGGACUCAGCUUCCGUUAUGGAGACAUCUUGCAUGUGAUUAAUGCGUCAGAUGAUGAAUGGUGGCAGGCACGAAGAGUCACUCCAGACGGAGACAGCGAGGAGAUGGGGGUGAUCCCUAGCAAGAGGAGGGUGGAGAGAAAAGAGCGUGCUCGCCUGAAGACAGUCAAAUUCAACGCAAAGCCUGGCAGCAUUGACUCUAAAGGGUCAUUCAGUGAAAAUCGUAGAAAGACCUCCAUCUUUUCACGAAAGUUCCCUUUCUACAAGAACAAGGAGCUGGAUGAGCAAGAUGGCAGCGAUUCAGAACGGAGCCAAGAGGAUGUUGUCCUCUCCUAUGAGCCUGUGAUUCGGCAAGAAAUCACCUAUGCCAGACCUGUGAUCAUUCUGGGGCCCAUGAAAGACAGAAUCAAUGAUGAUCUUAUCUCUGAAUUUCCAGACAAGUUUGGUUCAUGUGUGCCACCGGAUAACAGUGCAGGGCAAAAGGAUACCACAAGAUCAAAGCGAGAUUACGAAGUUGAUGGACGAGAUUACCACUUUGUCAUGUCGCGAGAGCAAAUGGAGAAGGACAUACAAGAGCACAAGUUCAUCGAGGCCGGACAGUACAAUGAGAACCUGUAUGGGACCAGCGUCCAGUCGGUUAGAUACGUGGCUGAGAGGGGAAAGCACUGCAUACUUGACGUAUCAGGAAAUGCCAUAAAGCGGCUACAAGUAGCACAACUCUACCCCAUUGCCAUCUUUAUAAAGCCUAAAUCCAUCGAAUCAUUAAUGGAGAUGAACAAGAGGUUAACGGACGAGCAGGCGAAGAAGACUUAUGACCGGGCCCUGAAGCUUGAACAGGAGUUUGGCGAGUACUUUACAGCACUGGUGCAAGCAGACACUUUGGAGGAUAUUUACACUCAAUGUAAGAUGGUAAUAGAGGAGCAGUCAGGACCUUAUAUCUGGAUUCCAUCCAAAGAGAAGCUAUAAGGGGAAUAAACCCUGCCCGGGACAUCUGGACUACAAAAAACCACAUAGGCACCAUUUGUAACAUACGAUAAAUUAUUAUGGUAAUGUUUCUUAUUGAUAAUUCUAGUGACUAUAAUUUCAUUUGUUUGUUGUUUGUUUGUUUAUCAGUUAUGUUGCGAUUUUUUUUUUUCUCACUUUUAAUAUGAAUGUUUCCGAAUGUACACCACGAAGUGUUGGAGACAUUUUUUGCCUCGAAAAAAAGGGACUGUUUGUAUAUAUAUUGGAUAGUAUUUUUCAUUAAGUGAAAAAAAUGUAUCAAGAUGCAUCAAAAUGUACACUGGCCGUUUUCCUUUAUGAUCAUCCCGGUAUGAGUUUGAACAGGAAGGACGAAGCAGACAGGGUCAGGACUGUGGAAGAUGGACGAUCUUCACACCACCGACAUCAUCGCGAACAAUUUAAUUUUUUGCCAGCUUUGUUGCCAGCCGUUGCCCUGCAGGACCCUUCUCCCCACUAUCAGCUUUCUCUGCAUUACUCUACAUCUCGCCCAGUGGAGUUUUCGGAUCUAUGCAUUCCACUUUUCCUUAUUUUGUACAUUGAUUUAUGUAUUUAGUUUUGUUUCAUGUCAUCCCCUUAAUUUGAGUGUUUGCUUGAAGAUUUCUGAUUUCGAAUCCUACCCAUAGCUGUUGAACUUUCCAAAAAAAAACAAAAAAAAAAACAACCUGAACGUUGAACGAUGCUUUAAUUUGUGAAUUGUAAAAAGGGGAUACAGCUAGGUAUAAGAAAUAUGACACUAUAUUUUGCUAUUUAUAUUGCUAUAGGGCACAAGAGAACAGAACUAUUUAUAAAUAUGUAUAACUUUGUUUUAAAAAGGAAACACUUUUGAAAGAAGAAAAAAAAAAAGAAUUUUAUUGGUGUAAGAUACAGUGGUGGAAGUAGAAGUAGAAAUGGCUGGGGUGUUGUGCCUCCUGUGAGAACUAGUCUUCAUUAAGGAAGUGUGGCUGUUUGGGUGGGUGUGUGUGUUUGUUGGUAAUGCAUGAUGGUGACCAAUACUUUUCCUGAUCAAACUCAAGCGGUUUGACUGCAAAAAAAAAAAAAAGAAGCGCAGAAACACAACGUUGUCUAAAUUCUGGCUUCCAAUUAGAUGUCUAAAAAUCGCAGCGAAAGUAAAAACAGUUUUAUUUAGUUGCCGAGGUCGGUGCCAUGUUUCAAGUUGAGUUCCUGUUUGCUGUGCAAGGCAUGUCUCUAUUAAUACAAUACAACAACAUACAGAGGCUUUAGAUAUGUAUAUGGCCAGAAUCUCUGUGUGUGUUUGUGUGCGCAAAGCUGCAUUUACAUGCAGAGUAAGGCAUUUUUAUAUAUAUAUAUAUAUAUAUAUAUAUAUAUAUGUAUGUGCCCGUACACUGCUUAGAACAAGGACUAAGCGUUUUUCUAGCGGAAAGUUCAACCACAAAGGUCAAAACGCAACAUGUGCAGAGCAGGAAAUCAUAUUGUUCCAGUCCUUAUGCUGGCAUGCAGGGUGUUGUAUAGAGGCCUACUGAUUUAUUGGUCACCACUUGCCUUAACGAUGAAUGAUGAUUUUUCUUUUUUUUUUUUUGACUGAGAGGAAAUUUUUCUAUUCGCUCUGACUGAUAGCAUUUUUGCUGAAUUUCAUUCUAGUUCAAAUUGUGUGACCGAUGAUGUGAGUAAGCAAGAAAGUAGAAUAUUCAUCUUCUAUAUACAGAGUGAAUGAGGCUCACGAUGAUUUGCCGUUCAAAUAGAAUCAAAUAUAAAGUCAAUUUUCCAGAAUGUCCUCGUUUUUAUGCAGCCUAUUGUUCCUAAAAUGUUAAAUUGUUAAUAUAUUUAAGGCCUGAAUAUGCUGGAGGAAAUUCAUUGUCAGGAGUCUUUACAAUCACAUUUUUAUGAACUGGAGGGGAAAAAGAGAACUCCUGCCAGGAGUCCAUUCACUACAGCGAGCCUAACACACAAGAGACAAAGCAAUAAUUUGCAUAAUACCAAUCUAAAUUCGUUAUUAUUGUCACAGUGGCACUGCUUGUGAUUCAACCCGAACAGCUGGCUGUCAUUUCAGCAUAUCCAGGCCUUUGUGCAUCCACGUCAUGUUUCAUUUCACCAUUUCAUAUGUGCAUCAAAUAGUUACCUUUUUUCCUCUGAGAUGCUUUUCAAGAUGUAACCGUACAGACUGUGUGCACUGGAGAGAGGGUUCCUGCAGCAUUAUGGUGCUCCCUGUGUCAUCUAGUCCCCUAAAACCAGUCACCGUAAUAAACAACUGUCAGAAUAUGGAGCUGUGGUUUUUUUCUCAGGGUUGCCACAUAGGGCGUAAUUACUGAUCCACCAAACCCCAGAGGGCAACGUGUUCAAAUUAGUUACAAAUAAAGCCUUUUAGUUUCUCUCCUGAACUUCCUUAGCACACUAAAGUACUGUACUUAAUUAAAAUAGGAUUACACACCUCCACUUCCCCCACUCAUCCCCCACUCUUUCACACCUAAUAAUGUGCAAUGUUGUAAAUAACGUUCCAUUAGCACUUUAGUCAUAUUGAAAACAACUUCCUGCCCAGCACCUUUUUUUUAUUGGCUUUAUUUCUCUUCAAAACCUUUCAUGCUCCCCUUCACUUCAUUGUACAUACAGAGUUGUUUCAUUCCAUGGGUGUAAACAUUUAAAGCACACUUAUCAUGUUAUCACUAUCAUAUGUUGGUUUAGAAACCGUUUUUUUUUUUUGUUUGUUUAUUUUUGGUAUUUAUAUUUUCAAAGGAGAACAAUGAAACGAAGGAACAUGUCUUUUUGCAUCCUGUUGCAGUAUGUACCCCCAAUUGCUUUGGGGAAAAAAAAAAAAAAAUCACAAUAAACCUUUGCUUUAGGCAUAUAAAAAAAAAAAAGCACUCCACUCAUGUCUAUUAAUGUAAAUUAAAGAUUUGGUGGGACUUUUCCCACGCAAGCCAA